AUGGAAAACCCUAGUAAGUCGUCUGUUAAUUGGAUUGCUAUUAGUGAACGUGUUCCCGAAGCUGAAAAAGCUGCUUAUUUAGCUUUUAAAGCUAAAUCUGAUGGGUACCUCCGAAAGUAUAUGCAGGAAAUAGAAGAAUUUAAAAAGGUAGCUGCCUCUAAUAUUAAAGUAGCAGAAUUAAGGAUCGAGGAAAUUAAGAAUUUGUUGCCAUAUUCCCAAAUGACUUAUGAAGAUGCUGCUUAUAUUGAGCCUGAUUUGACAUUAGAUCUUGAAAACAAGCCUCAUCAAGAAAUUGAUUAUGUAUUUGACGAGCCACAAGAAGAAGGGUCAGGAAAACAAAAAAAAGCUGAAGCUGGUCAUUAA